GCCCCGCCCGCGGCCCGGCCGAGCUCCCGCAGGCCUCCUCUGAAUGUCUGGUGGGGUAAAAGCUGCGUGGGGAUCUCCACAGCUGCAGGGUUUGCUGUCUCCACUCACCUGGGCUCCCUGGUCUGUCUCACCUGUUUUCCUCUUCAGCAUCUCGUUGGAUGAUGGUGCUCUGUUUCCUGAGCAGAGCCCUGCCACGAGCCAGGCAUUCACCCAGCCCACUGGGGAGACAACUCUGCUCAGCCAGCACGGAUAAACCAACCUUGACUUUAUUCACCAAGAAACCAUGCCCUCUGUGUGAUGAAGCAAAAGAAGUUCUUGAGCCAUAUAAGAGAAGGUUCAUUCUGCAGGAGGUGGACAUCACCCUUCCAGAGAACUCGGCCUGGUACGAUAAAUACAAGUAUGACAUACCUGUUUUUCACUUAAAUGGGAAGUUCCUGAUGAAGCACCGAGUCGACAUUCCGAAGUUUGAGGACCGGCUUCGGAAGCUGGAGCUGCAAAAUGAGGGAAACCGGUGAAGAAAAUACAGCUGCUCUGAGGCAGGCCUCAAAGGUGAAAAGAACUUUGUGGAAAAAAAAAACCAAACAAACUGAAAAACAAAAACAACCCAUAUUCAUUCAUCUGGCCUUAAAUUUCUUAGGACAUACGAGUGUAAAAAGCUUGAGUGGCUUGUGUUCUGUUUUGUACUAAUCACCCAGCCCAGCUGCACCAGGAGCCACCUUUUCUGUGCUGUUCAUUUGCUGCUCUCCUGGGCUGCUGUUUCUCUCUGAGAGAAUAAAAGCUGCUCCACAGCACAAACUCUGUCUGUGUGGGGUUGGCAUGGCCAGGUUUGGGUGGUGGGGGGUGGCACAGGGGUGUUUUUUCUGAGAAGCUGCUGGAAGCUUCCCCUGUGUCCAGCUGAGCCAGCCAGCUCCAGGAUGGAUCCUCUGGCCACAUCUGAGACCAUCAGUGGUGAGGAGGAAGAAGGAGAGAAUGCUUAAUAAAAAGACCACAAACCCUGUUCUCCAUCUCCUUGAACCACUGAGGAGAAGGAGGAAGAGAAAACUGGGAGUGAAGUUAAGCCUUGGUAGAAGGGAAGGGUGGGAUAAAGGAGUUUUAAAGAUUUAAGUUUCCUUUGUCUUUAUCCUGCUGUGGUUUGAUUGGUAAUAAACUAAUUUCCCUAA